CGUUUUCUCGCUUCCUGUGUUUCUCUGAUUACAAUGCCUAACGUCUCGGCCUCGGUUGGUCGCUAAACGAAACGCGCGGAUUUCCAUCUGCUUUUCGAUCGAAACGUAUGCCCUUCUUCUUUUUGUGAUUAAAUUGAAACCAUACGAUUCUGAUGCGAUGCACUGAGAGGCGGUAAUGCACUCCGGCGACAACAACGCAGGAAUGACCGGAUCAUUUAGAAUAUCGCCGGAGGAAUCCGUUGUUAUCACGGUGAACUCCGUCGAGAAUGAUUGUUCUUCCGACGGAGAUGGGAGCUUGAAGGUCUUCGGAGCCAGGGCGGCAUCGAAUGAGGGAAAUGCACCGUCGGCGGCGAGCUUUAAGCAGGACAAGCGGGAUGCUGGAAAAGGAAACGAUAAAGAAAAUUUUAUAGAACUUAUCGUGGAGUGCAGCGGUGAGGACAAGGUUUGUCGGAUCUGUCAUUUGAGACCAGAGAUAGGAGAAUCAGCGGCGGCGGGUUGGAAGCUGAUCCAGAUUGGCUGCGGCUGCAAGGGAGAAUUGGGCCACGCGCACCGCCGCUGCGCGGAGGCUUGGUUUAGGCUAAAGAGAAAUAGGAUUUGUGAAAUCUGUGGGUUAAGCGCAAAAAAUGUUUUUGGCGUGGAAGACAGCAGCUUCAUGGAACUAUGGAAUGAAGGCAGAAAAGACACAGAAGAUAGUGUUCGCUGCUGUACUCGCAAGUCAGUCUGUAAUACCUUGCUGUAUUUCAUUGUGGGAGCUUUCGUAGUUUCAUGGUUCUUCAGGCCUAAAUUUUUCUGAUGAUUUCUCUUGUUUUUCUCUUCUGUCUGGACACAUUUUAUUGGGUAAAGCUUGA